AUUUCAAGUAAUAGACGCAAAUUUAUUCCAAAUGCUUUGUAUCCGGCCAAAACUCCCGGAUCUGCAGAUGGUUGUGUACCGCCCCGAACGACCCUUGUAAAAGAAAUCACCCCACAAAAGUGUCGUCUUUAAAAGAUGGUGACAUGACACAAGGACGAGUGAUCGCAAUAAUUGGUGCAAUUAUCGAUGUCAAAUUUUAUGAUCACCUCCCGCCGUUAUUUAAUGCGCUUGAAGUUCGGGCGGGUGAUAGAAAAUUGGUGCUCGAAGUGGCCCAACAUUUGGGUAAGACAACUGUUCGUGCAAUUGCGAUGGAUGGUACCGAAGGUCUUGUACGUGGUCUUCCCGUUAUCGACACUGGUUUUCCCAUUCGUGUACCUGUGGGUGUCGAAACGCUAGGGCGGAUUAUGAACGUCAUCGGCGAGCCAAUUGACGACCGAGGUCCGAUCAAUUCGCCAACUCUUGCAAGCAUCCACGCGGACUGCCCGGAGCUGUUGGAAAUGAACGUCAAGCAAGAGGUGCUAGAAACCGGAAUCAAAGUCAUAGAUUUAUUGGCACCAUACGCUAAAGGGAGUAAAAUUGGUUUAUUUGGGGGAGCUGGUGUGGGGAAGACGGUGGUGAUAAUGGAGCUGAUCAAUAAUAUUGCCAAGGCGCAUGGUGGCUACUCUGUGUUUGCUGGCGUAGGCGAAAGGACAAGGGAGGGUAACGAUCUGUAUCACGAGAUGAUAGAGUCUGGAGUGAUUUCGAUAACGGACAACACCUCGAAGGUCAGUUUAGUGUAUGGGCAAAUGAACGAACCUCCAGGUGCUCGUGCCCGCGUGGCGCUCACUGGAUUAACUGUGGCUGAAUACUUCCGUGACCAAGAGAGGCAGGACGUACUGCUAUUCGUGGAUAACAUUUAUAGAUUCUCUCAAGCUGGUUCUGAAGUGUCCGCGCUUCUGGGUCGUAUGCCUUCGGCCAUGGGUUAUCAACCAACACUCGCCACUGACAUGGCCGCCUUGCAAGAGAGAAUUACGACAACUACGAGAGGUUCAAUUACGUCCGUCCAAGCCGUUUACGUACCAGCCGAUGACCUAACCGACGCGGCACCGGCCACGACAUUUUCACAUUUAGACGCCACCACAGUAUUAUCACGUUCAAUUGCUGAGUUAGGAAUUUAUCCCGCUGUUGACCCACUAGACUCAACUUCGCGCCUCAUGGACCCAAUGAUACUCGGCAAAGCGCACUACGAAACAGCGAGGGCAAUUCAGAAAAUGCUGCAGGCGUACAAAUCACUUCAAGACCUAAUCGCAAUUUUGGGGAUGGACGAACUGUCGGAGCAGGAUAAACUAACGGUUCAGAGAGCGCGAAGAGUGCAACGAUUUCUAUCGCAACCCUUUCAUGUGGCCGAAAUUUUUACCGGACAUCCUGGGAAGUUCGUCCCGCUCGAAGAAACUAUCAAAGGCUUUCAGGACAUUUUAAAAGGGGAUUACGACGAUUUCCCAGAACAGGCGUUUUACAUGGUCGGAAGCAUUGAAGAGGUUGUUGAGAAGGCAAAUAAAUUAAGAGAAAGAUAGAAGUAGGGUAAAGAUUUUAUUUAGAACUCGAAAAAGUUUCUCUGUAAAAAUUGUAAUUAAGCAAAAACUCUGUUAGUUUCUUUAGUUGGUAGUAAAUAAAGUUACUGUGUAGCCAUACGUAACGGUUUCAGCCAGCAACCUUUUUAGUUACUGUAACACAUCUUAAAAAU